AAAAACAGAAUUACCUGGAAAAACUCAGCAGGUCUGGCAGCAUCGGCGGUGAAGAAAAGAGUUGACGUUUCGAGUCCUCAUGACCCUUCGACAGAAUGUUCUGACGUAAUCUGACGUCGUAACGGUGGAAACAUGAACCGACGCGCCGUUCCUUUAUUUUUAAGAAAAUAAUUAAAAUAGCACAAAUAAAGAAUCGGAAAGCGACAGAUCGACACCUCGUUACUUUUUUGAAUGUGGGUAAAGGGCUGAGAUUUUAACUGUGUAUUUUCUUGGACGCUUUCCCAACGAGUAUUGGGAGACGGAAACGCUUCCGCCGGACGUUUGAGUGUGUGACUCCCCCCACCGGAAGCGGUCCGUGCAGAGAUUGGUGCCGGGUUGUGAAAAGUAGAAUGAACCCGCUGCUGGUGGCGGACUUGCUGCUGCGGCUCGGUCAUGGCCCGCGUUCCGCCACCACCUCCUUCUUACGGGAGUUGUGCUGCUGGUGCCGGGAGGCAGAAGACCAGGGGCUGCCCGACGCCGAUCGAGUGGAGAUGCUGCGCCUCUUGGUGGAGAAGCUGGGCCCCGGCGGCCAUCCGGGCGACCCCGGAGGCGGCGAGUGUCGGUCCCGGGGCCCGGCCGCCGAGCAGGAUCUGCCGAGCUCCUUGCGGGACGUGGCCGUCGGCUGGUGCCUGCCGCUGUUGCGGGGUUUGCGCUUGGAAGGGCCGGGAGGCCAGUUCCAGGAGCCGAGCCGGAGGCUGGUGCACUCUCUCUGCGCCCUGCUCCACGCCUGCUGCCGGCAGGCCCCGCCGGCCCUGCUGCAAGACGUCGCCGGCUCUUCCUUGCGGGAUCUGCGGGGCCACACCGAGGAGCGGGGCAGGGUUGGCCCGACCGGGGGUAAGGAGGAGUCCCAAAGCCCGGAGUACUUGGACAUUCGGGUCGCCAUCGAGGUGCUGGUGAAGACAGCGCCGCUGCUUCUGGAGCGAGGGAUUGGGACAGAAGAGCUGCUGUCGCUCACUCUGACCGCCGUGAAGGUGGGAGAGGAUAGCGUGGCGUCCAGGAUGGUCACCGGGGUAAUCCCGGCUCUGCUUCCGAACCCAGGCAGCUCGGUGCAAAAGUGCCCCACCGUCCAAGACAUCUGGGAUCGAGUGAAACGUUGGGAAAAGACCACCUCCGUCUCCAGAGUCCUGCUGCUUCUGAGCUCGCUUCCUCAUCAUCUGCUUCUUUGCACCGGAGACCGGUCACCCCACCAGACCUUCGACCUACGAACUUGCCCGCAGUUUUGGGAAGUGGUGCAGAGGGGACUGGUGCAGCCGGAUAACACGUCGCGCAAGAGGGCUAUGUACCUGCUGAAAAGAGCUGUGGAUGUUUCGAACACGUUGAAGAGUGAAAUCUGCUCAGAGUGCCAGGCUGAAUCUGACGUGUGCCUUUUCUGGUGGUCAGGUGAAAAAAGCAAACAACUUGUACAGUUAUGGGAAAAUUAUAUUUUAAUAAUGGAGACACUGGAAGAAAAUCAAGUCCACGUCAUAAGACCAAUUUUGCCACGGCUCAAGAGCUUAAUGGAUGCCACAGUUUGCAUUGACCGAGGUCGUGCACUUUUCCACACGUCUUGGCUCCUUUGUGCUUAUAAACGAAUGUUUGAAAGCGAAAACAAAACUGCAAUGAAAGAAGGCCUGUUUCAGUUUCUGGAUCUUGGUGUCAUGAAAUAUCCUUUCAGAACUCAGGAACUAUGUGAGUUUAUCUGUGGGCCAGUGAUGGAUGCUCUUUCAGAAAGUACAUUUUACAGCAGAUCUCCAGAUCAGAUCAUUGGCAGCUGUCCUUUUCUAGCUGUGAAGUUACAGACAUUUUUUGUUGAUUUUGUAGAAAAUGUGGCUGAAGAAUUCAAAGGUGACUUUCUCAUGAAGUUGAUUAAGAGCAUGGCUGCCAAGCACUGGUGUGCUAUCCCCAUACUCUUCAUCUCUCAAGCCCUAAUGCACAUCCCAUCACGCAGAACUUGGGGAGUAGAAGGGCUUCACGCUCUUCGGGAAGUAAUAUGCUGCACUAUGACUAAUCACCAAGUGUUGCUGCGAGGAGCAGCUCAGUGUUACCUUCUGCAGACUGCAAUGCACUUGACUAAUGUGGAAAACGUGACACUGUCUGACAUUUCAAACUUCCUGGCGUCCAUUCGAACUGAAGAGGCUUUAUCUCGGGGUACAAAAUUGUGGAUGGAGUUGUGCGGGUGGUUACACAGUAAUGACAGAAAUUUUAGGCCUGAAGAAGGUGCUGCUGAAAUCCCUCUGAAGAGAUCAGCCUUAAGUGUCUACAUUCAGAAUCUAGUGGAACAAUACAUGAAGGUUCCAGCGACUGAAGGAGAAAAUGCCAGCUAUAUGCCAGACUGGUUUGAAGCCCAGCUUGUUGCCCGGAUGAUUCUCCUUGCUGCUGAUGUUGAAGAGCAGUUCAGUACUGAAGGCAUAUUUGACGGUGGGGAUCAGAAGGCCUUGGCUUGUUUCUUGCAUCCCCUUACAGAUGCAUUAUGGAAGCUGAAUACUCAUGCCUACUUACCUGUGCUGAAAGCAGACAAGAGCUUGCAGCUAUUGUUGAAGCUGUUGGAGAUGUCCCACACAAAACAACAAAUAACACCAGAAGAUAGGGUACUGAAUGUACUACGUGAAUGUGUCAUGUCUUCAGUGGAGCAAGUCUUGGAGUACACACUAAGGAGGUUGACAAGUGAACUACAAGCUGUUUUGGACCUUGACAGAUGUCGCCUCUAUCUUGCUGUGAUGAGUGAGGUAGUAAAGACACUUUCAACGGUGGGCUGGACGAGAGGUUCCUGCAUUUGGAGCUACAUCUCUUCCCUGACACAGGUUUCGAUUCAGUAUCUUCAGGCUCCCAAUGAUAACGAGGUUCUGAAGUUAGGACAACAAAUCCAAAUGGUGGUUGCUAGAGCUUCUUUAGCUUGGGUUUGCAAGAUUACUACCCAGUAUCCAGAGGUGCAGCUUGACUCCCUUGAGGCUGUCAAGACACUGGUCAAAUCUGUUUUAAUUGGCCCCUUCAACCAGAAUCUUGAGAAACCUUUCUGCAAUAAGCAAGACAAUGGACUUUUAGCGGAUGGAUCUUCAGCUCAGGGCUGGGGAAAGAUAUCUACACAGUAUGUCCAUGAUCAGUGGGCCUGCAUCUAUUUUAUUUGGAACAAAUUUGAGCAGUCAUCUGAAAGUGUAGCCGACAAGAGUUGUGAGCUUUCAUUACCUGUUGUAGAAAAUCCAGCACUCAUUCUCCAUGCCUGCAUAGAAGCGGUUAACAUUGUUCCAUCGGACCAAGUGCUCCCCAUACUGCAAUGCAUGAAGAUUCUCAUUCCUAAGCUUUACAGGUCAGAAGAGUCUCUUUGUGUGAAAUCUCUUGAUCUGGCAUGGAAAGCUGUUCUGGACCUGAACAGCAACCAGCUGCAUUUUUGGCCUACUUUAAAUGCUUACAUACAGAUUGCCUUUCACCAACAGCUCCUUAGCAUAACUGGGGAAUGUGGCAUUGGAAUAAAAGUGAAAGAGAUCACAAACAAAUUGCUUGAAAUAUCGCAAACCAAAACUGGAGUCUUCAACAUGUUAAUUACUCACUGCUGCCAAACAUGGCUGUCCACUGCUUCUACUACUAAAGAUUUUCUACCAGAUCCUUUCGCAAGUGCUGAAAACCAUGUAGACCUUUUUGUAGAGGCAUGUCUAUUUGGACCUGUUUUUAGGAAGGAUCAGAGGCUAAUUCAAGAUGUACAGAUCCAUAUAGAACUGCUGGGAGAUGAAUGUGCAGCCAACGGAUCCACUGAAUAUGAAAACAGAGAUGAUCAAUCCGUGCGGAUUUGGGCAAUUAACUUCCUCUGCCAACUAAAUGGGUCGAAUUCGUUGCAUAAGAAAUUCAUGGAGAAUGUUGUCAGCAAACUCCUUGAGAAGGAUGAAGAGCUGAGGAACACGAAAGGCCGAUACUAUGUAAACUCCAUGCUGCAUCGACUGAAGAAUAGAAUCUGGCAGACAUUACUUAUACUACUUCCUCAAAUGGACCAGGUCUUUCUGAGCAGCAUCAUUGAAACUGUUUAUCGGUCAGGUUCGAGUGAUAAUCAGGCAUCUGUAAAAUACUUAAUCGAAUGGUUUAUCAUCUUGAUACUACAGAAGUGCCCUGAAUUUAUUGAUUCUUUCUGGCGAUGCUUCAGUUACAAUCCAGAAAAUACAAAAACCAGUAUCUGCACGUUUCUGGCUGUGUUAGUUCACAUCAACGUGAUCCUUAAGAACAUUUUAAAGAAGGACCAAUAUUUGAAGAAGGCAUUGAGUGUGAUAUUACCAUGGUGUUUAACCCACAACUUCAGUGUGCGACUAUAUGCCCUGCUUGCUUUACAACAAGUCUGGGAGGCAUGUCUACUGUCAAAGCUAGAGGGCGAGGAGCUGCACUUUUUGGCACCAAUAAUUGAAUCCUGUCUCGAGCAAGUUGGACACAAGCAAAUCACAGGGAAUGCUGGAAAGAACUGGCAGAGGAUUCAGGACCAUUUCUUUUUUGGAAAAUUUCAACCAUUGGAAGACUACAGUUUAGAGACAAUAUUUUACAUCUUUCCAAGCUUAUCAGAUGUGAUAGAAGAUGAAUGGAUUCCUGCCUGGAAGUUUAACCGUGUUAUGGAUCUCUUCUCCUCCAGUUCUUCAGUUAAUGUGUUUAACCCUAGGAGUCAGAUUUGUGAUGUGAAACUAACAGACUGGAUACAACGAGACAAAGGAUAUGGCCUAGCUGAAGUAAAUCAAGAUACUGAAUGGACAGAUGUACAAAAGAAGAUAAUGCCAUGGAAGAAUAAUAUCCCAGACCAAGACUUGGAGCUGAUCUAUCAGGAAAGAACCACAAAAUCUGGAAAAUCAUCCAACAGCAGCCUAAUUAUAGUGGCAUCACUUAUUGAUAAACCUACUAACCUGGGAGGCUUAUGUCGGACAAGUGAGAUAUUUGGGGCUUCUGCACUAGUUGUGAACAAUGUGCAUUGUGUGAACGACAAGCAGUUUCAAGCCCUCAGUGUAUCUGCUGAACAGUGGCUACCAGUCAUUGAGGUGAGACCUGCUCAGUUGGUUGAGUAUCUGCAGCAAAAGAAAACUGAAGGGCACACAAUCAUUGGAGUGGAACAGACAGCGAACAGCCAUAAUCUUGCACAGUAUAGCUUCCCAGAAAAAACAUUGCUGUUGCUAGGGAAUGAACGAGAGGGAAUUCCAGCCAAUUUGAUCCAGCACCUUGAUGUGUGUGUGGAAAUCCCACAGUGUGGUAUCAUCCGAUCACUCAAUGUUCAUGUUAGUGGAGCUUUGCUCAUGUGGGAGUACACGCGACAGCAGAUGAUGAAGCAAGGCGUGAGACCAUAAACUGGGACUGCACAAAAGUGAAAAUUAAAGAGAUUGCUUCUUGUUAAUAUGUGUUUUGUCACUUAUAAGUCAAUAACACUGUGCCACUAGGAGCAAGCAUCUAAGAAGGUAGUCUACAAAUCCUUAGAUAAUCUGGUGAAAAUAAAGUGCUACUGGAAGAUUGGCUAGAGACAGUGACCUCACCGUGGACUGCCUUGGAUAUACAAAGCCAAAUGUUUAGGCUUCUUGUAUAAUUUUAAUAUUUAUGUGCAAAUAAGAAUAUUUUUAUAACAUCAUUUCCUCCUGGAUAGGAACAGCAGUGGGCCAUUCAGUCCCUCGAGCCUGUUUUACCAUUUAAUUGCAUCAAGGCUGAUGUUUCAACAUUUACCCCCUUUUAACACCCUUACUGAACAAAAAUCUAUCAAUCUCAGUUUUGAAAUUUUCAAUUGACGUGCUUCAACAACUCCUUGGGAGGAGAAAAAGAGUUCCAGAUUUCCACUAGCCUUUGUAUGGAAAAGUGCUUGCUGCCAUCACCUUUGGAAGGUCCAGCUCUAAUUAUGUCCCAUUGUUCUGGACUCUCCUACCAGAGGAAGUAGUUUCCCUCUAAUGUGAUAUUUUUGAGUAGACUUGCACAACAGUUGAUACCCUUAUUAUCUUUUAUGUGGGCCUCACCAUCAGAAUUCUGCUUUUUGUAGGCCAAAGCAGUGCAAAAAGUUGUGACAAAUAAGGUUAAUGUAACUAUUUUAACGUGUUUAUCUAUAAAGUUUCUAUGACUAUCAAUUUUUUUGCAGUAUGUUUUAAAUCACAAACAUUCAUUUCCAGAGGAAUAUAAUUGAAAGGCAGCAAAGUUCUGUUAACUUGUCUAGGACCUUGGUUAUUCCACACUUGGAGUACUGAAAAGUUUUGGUUUCCAUUUUAGGAAAAGGAUAUGGAGGUACUGGAGAAGAUGCAAGAAAGAUUUAUUCGAACGCUAAGGGAACAGAGAGAUUAUAUCUAUCAGGAAAGAUUGAACAGGCUGGGUCUCUUUUCUCUAGCAAGAAGAGACUGAAGGAAGAUCUGAGAUAUUUUGAAAUGCAAUAAUAGGUCUCCAAGAUUAUGAAAGGGUUUGAUAGGGUAGUCAUAGAGAAGAUAUUUCCACUUGAAAGGCAAGACCUGAACUAGGUGCCAUAAAUAUAAAAUAGGCAAUAAUAAAUCCAAUAGGGAAUUAGAACAAAUUUCUUUAUCCAGAGUGGUUAGAACAUGCUGCUUGCCACCACAGGGUGUAGUUGAGGUGAAUUUUAGAGACGCAUUAAAGGGAAAGCUAGGUAAACACAUGAGGCAGAAAGGAAUGGAAGGAUAUGUUACUGUGGGUGGAAGGAGGCUCAUGCAAAGCACAAACACUGGAAUAGAUCUGUUGCGCUGAAUGAUCUGCUUUUGUAUUGUAAAUACUUAGUUGUUUUUUUAAUGACACCAAAGGAGCAUCCCUGUUCUACAGGAUAACGGUGAUUUUCCUUGGCUGACAACUUCAGCUGCAUAUGUGGUACCCAAAAUAUAAUGACUUAUAAAGAACGUGGCUUAUUGUGUCAGAUAAUCUCUCUAUGCACAUCACUUUUAAUGAGUGAGUUUGAAGUGUAGUCUGUAGUCAGUUAUGGAGCCAAAAUGCAGGUUUAGAGGGUUCAACAGGUAGCUGUGUGGACAAGUUCAGUUACCUUCACUCAAAUCUCCCUUAAGACCUUUUGCACUCAAAUACACUGGGUGGUUCAGCUUCAUUGGCAUGAAUUCAGCCCCUUAACACCAGCUGGCACAGAAGCUACUCCCAAUCAGUUGUCUCAAUUAUGCCUUUUAUACUUGCUCUCUGAGAAAAAGUGAGGCCAAAUCUAAAGGUGUUGUCCGAGAUCCUUCACAACUAUUUAAUUUCUAGAAAGAGUCCUUGUGAGGUUGGGUGGUACAGUGGAUUAACACUCAGUAAUUUCAGCUUCUUGAGCUGAGGUUUGAAUCCAGCCCAGACUGAUGGGGUGAAAAUUGUAUGCUAGAGGGGUGGUAUAUGAAAUAAGUUUGGGGUUGCAUUGGCAGUCUGAUGACAGAGCUGCAGCAUUGGCUGGGGUAAGGUCAUUAACCACACUUCACAAAGGAACCACUGACAUCCAUCUCCAUUAGAGAGAAAUAAGUGGUUAUGUAUCGUUUGACAGGCCUUCAUGAACUACCACAACCGGUACGGGGAUUGAACCCAUGCCAUUGGCCUCAUUCUGCAUCGAGCUAACUGACCCCUGACUGAGGUAGGAAAUUAAAAUGUGUCUCAAAAUAAUAGGGGGUUCAUUUAAAGCUUGGCAUUAAGGCAAAUAAAAAUUAAGAUGUACUUGAAUGAGAUUUAAUCACAUCUGAUCUAGGAGUGCUUGAUCCUGAUCCUUAAAGACCAAAAACCAAAUAAGUGUUCCAUUUUGCAGCAUUAACCUCCCUCAAUCCGAACACAGAGUAAAAAGAUAAGUUCUGAUUGUGAUGCUAAAAAAUGUGAUAUUCCCUGUUUAAGAUCAGUGCGUUGGAACUUGAUUAUGGUUUCUGAAUUCAAAACCAGUCUUUUUCAUACCUGCUUUUAGUUUUCUCAAAUUAGUUGAGCUUUAUCCAACAGUAAUUCGAGUGAUAGUCAUUACAGAGCAAAAGGAAGCCAUUCAGCUCAUUGUGUCCAUGCUGGCUCUCUGAAGAGCAACCCAUUUAGUCCCAAUUAACAGAAUAGACAAACUGGAAUUAAAAAUGGGCAAAUUUGGUGCUAUUAUUUAACGCCAUGGUGUAAAGAGAAACAAAUCGAACUUAUAUCAUUUUGACUGCAUCUUUUUUAAAACACGAUUCAGUAUGUUCCACAGUGUUUGUACAGAAACACUCAGAAUUCAGUGUGAAAUUGUAAAAUAUUUUUCAUGAACUGAUUUGAAUUUUUAAAACCUAACCACAGCUUUAUGCUCUUUACAGUUUCACACAUGCAAACUUCCAUAUAUGAUAAAUGACCAGAAUAAAUUGAUGAUGAUGUUGUUU